UAUGCAGUGUACCUAACCUUAUCUCUUUAAAAGUAUUUUGGAAUAUUUACAUUUAAAUUUUUGGAAUAGUAGGAGAAUGUCGGGGUCCGCGGCACAGUUCAAACAAGAUAUGCCUCCGCCGGGAGGUUACGGGCCUAUAAAUUUUAGGAAAGUACCCGCUAAGAGAUUAUUAAGCGGGUACGCUAUAUUCGGAGGUUACGUCGGAAUUACUUUAGGUGCUUUUUAUUUGUAUACGUUAAAUUACAAAUCUGUGAGGGCAAGAGAGCUGGAAAUGAAAUCGGCCAGUUUUGCUAUAUAUCCAAUGUUGUUGGCAGAGAGGGAUCGAGCAUUUCUUAAACAGCUGAGACGUAAUCGAGAUGAAGAGGCUGAUCUCAUGAAGAACGUAGAGGGUUGGAAGACGGGCACUUGGUAUGGCGAGCCAAUUUACCAAACUUUGGAACCUGACACAUUGAUUGAACCUAUGGCAUAUGAGUUUUUCGUGCAUGGAAAUUUUAAAGAUUUCUCUAAGAGAGCCUUGUUGCCAUAUCUUUCAUAGUUAUGUUGAGCAAAUGUUAUUAAUGCUUAAGGGUAGUUUCUGUCAUUAGCAAAUAUUUGUAGGCAGGUCUUUUCAUUAUUAAUAAACCAAAUUUAAGAACUUG